AUGGCAAUGAGUUCAACGAACAAGAAAGCGAACAGGGAAUUACUAGCGCCCCACUCACAUGAACUUGAGUUUGGCGGUGUGUUUGGCGCUCUAUUUGUUACAGUCUCCGUACCACUGACCAUGUACUACUUAACGUUUGGGUGCAACGCUGACAUGGGAUGUUCUGCAUGGUUGCCUUUGUCGAAUGCGUCAGGGUUUUGGAGCUACGCGAAAAAACAAUUUUUAGAUAGCUUCCAGGAUCCUGUUGCGUGGGGUUUGUAUUACUCCUGGUACCUGUAUUGUGUUGUUGCGUGGUAUGUGAUUCCUGGCGAUUGGGUUCAGGGCUUGCCGCUUCGCACAGGCGAAAAGCUCUCAUACAAAAUCAAUGCUUUAAAAACGGGUGCUCUUGCUCUUGGGAUUGCUUUGGCCAUCAUUGCGAUAAAGGGCCCGGCUUCUUUCACCCUGCUGUACGACCAUUUCCCUGGACUACUCAGUGCAGCCUUUGUCAAUUCAAUUGUACAAGCAAUCUAUGUUUAUGUGGGAUCAUUUCGUGGUGACAAAUUGCUUGCUCUGGGCGGAAAUAGUGGAAAUGUCCUGUUUGACUGGUUUAUUGGUCGUGAACUGAAUCCACGAAUCGGCAGUUUCGAUAUCAAAACAUUCAAUGAACUCCGUCCUGGACUUCUGCUCUGGGUUUUGAUUGACAUUAGCUGUGCUUGUCACCAAUGGACAACAUUUGGCCGGCUCAGCGAUAGCAUGGCACUUGUCACUCUGUUCCACGCCUGGUACACCAUCGACUCACUUAUUCAUGAGUCUACGAUUUUCUCGCAAAUGGAUAUCACAACCGAUGGAUUUGGGUUCAUGCUCAGCGUGGGUGAUCUCGCAUGGCUGCCAUUCACAUACUGCUUGCAAGCACGUUACCUAGCUUUCCAUCCAGUGGAUCUUGGCUUGUUGGGCAUUUUGGCAGUUCUUGCGGUGCAAUUCGUUGGAUACUACAUUUUCCGCACAGCAAAUGUUGAGAAGAACGAAUUUCGCCAUGGACGCAAUCCGAAACGACUCGACUUUAUGACGACAUCGUCCGGUCGCAAGUUGCUUACAUCUGGUUGGUGGGGCAGGAGCCGACACCCCAACUAUUUCGGUGAUUGGAUUAUGGCCUGGGCAUGGUGCUUGCCAUGUGGCUUCAGCACGCCUAUUCCUUACUUCUACGUGAUAUACUUUGCCGUGCUACUAUGGCACCGCCAGUUACGUGACGACGAUGCAUGUCGGAAGAAGUAUGGCAAUGACUGGGACGUUUACUGUCGGCUAGUACCAUACCGCAUCAUCCCAUACGUGUACUAA